CCAGCUACAGGUUGAAAGGACGUUGUGAUUGGCUUCAACCAAGUUCCAUUACAAGAUCUACUAAUUCCCACUGAGAGCUAUGUCCUAACCUUAUGUAAAUUAUUCAGUGAGCAGGGUGUGUACCACAGAAACAUAUAAAUUGCAGUAUUGCACAUGUCUGCAUACCUGCAUACAACACAGUAAGAGUUCUACCACAGAUGGAAUUGGGGCAUUUUAAAAAGCAUCUGUAAAUAUGCAUAUGGCAAUGAAUCAAACUGGUGCUUGUAUCCAAGUGUCUGUCUGCAGAGAAAAAUCUGUAUCAGCUGGUCUUCUUAUGUUCCUUUAUGUGAUUUCAGGAAUUGUUGUCUUGCUGACAGUAUGUGGGAACCUGCUCAUCAUCAUCUCUGUGUGUCACUUCAAGCAGCUCCACACACCCACUAACAUGCUCAUCCUCUCUCUGGCUGUGUCAGACUGUCUGGUUGGAGUUUUUGUGAUGCCUUUCCAUUUUAUGUGGCUGAUCGAAACUUGUUGGAACUUUGACUCUGUGUUCUGUGUGGUUUUUAAUCUAGUGUCUGCCCACCUCACAGCUGUGUCUGUCCAAAAUGUUGCACUUAUUUCUGUGGAUCGGUUCAUUGCUCUCAGCUAUCCGUUUCUCUAUGCCAAAAAAAUCUCACUUAACGUAGCCUACUGUGUGGUUUUGUUUACCUGGCUAGCUCUAUUGCUCUACAGCUCUGCUCUUGUUUAUUUCAAUAGGAAUCACGCAGAUCAUGAAAUGUGUCCAGGACAAUGUCUUUUCACACUAGAUGAAGUCUGUUCUCUAAUAGAUCUCAUUUUAUUGUUUAUUUUACCAUGUGCAGUUAUGAUAAUGCUGUACUCUCAAAUAUUGUUUAUUGUGAAAAGACAUUCAAACGCUAUCCACAAACUGCACGGCAGGAGAAAUGCAAACCAUAGCAACACCAUGAAUUCUAUGAGAUCUGAGAGAAAAGCUGCAAAGGUUUUUGGGAUUCUAGUGGUCAUAUUUCUGUUGUGUUUAGUGCCAUACUAUGUCUGCAGUAUAUUAAUUGCUGGCAUAAAUACAGAAAUGAUCAAUACUAUAAUGAAAAAUAUGCUAACACUAUUCUAUCUAAAUUCCACUAUUAAUCCGGUCAUAUAUGCAUUGUUUUAUCCUUGGUUCAGAAGGAGUGUCUCAAUUAUACUAACAUGUAGGAUAUUGUACACAGAUUCAUCACUAAUAAAUGUCUUGUCUAGUUCCAGAAAUGCUGUAGUUAGUAAGUAGUAGAAAUGUUAUAAAUAUGCACUCAGAUAAAACUGUGAAUUGGGAAAGAUGUCAAUACACAAUGAUCUUUAGAUAUUCUGAACUACUAUGUCAGCAGAUGAUGACAUUCAUAAAUUUUACUGGGCUGGUUUUCAACACAUUUAAUCAAAUGUAUGUAUAAAAUUGUAUAAACAUACAUCAUUAAUUCUUCAAAUAAAUUCUGACUUUUGGUUGCA